CAAAGCUCGCAAAAGCCGAGCAUCGAACUGCAGAAGAGCUUCAAGCCGUACCUCGAGGCCGUCAAGUUCAACCCCAGUCACUCGCAGUCCCACGCCAAUGCCCCGUCGCUGAAUGCACUCGACGUCGCAACCCUGAACCCUCGACAGUUUGCCGAGCACCACAACAUCAAGGAUGCCGACCCCACCCCUCGCGCAUCCUCGACGGAACAAUGGAACUUUGGCAGCACCGGCCUCACCCCGUCGUUGCUGGAUCCCAACAGCUCCUCGUUCAACACGUUUGCGAACCAAAUGCCAGGCUACUACACCCCCACUCCUGGUGGCACAAACACCCUCUAUCACCCACAAGCAGGUGACCUUCAUACGCCAAGUUUUGGCCUGGGUUUGAACACUCCGCUGUCCAUGCCCACCUCGGACACGUCAGCCCUUCAUGCUCCUCAGCUUGCCCACAUGCAUUCAUUCGCACAUGCAAUGCAGCACCAUCAACACAUGAACCCAUUUGGAAACCCUCACGCAUUCCAAAUGCACCACCAACAUACCUUCCCGCCUCAGAACUUCCAACACCAAGCUCCCGUCUUCGACCAACUCGACAGCCAAGCUGCUGACUCGCCCAUGUGUGGUGGUGAUAUGAACCUUGACGUCGAGAUGUCCAACCAGGCUCAGGUCGACCCCAUGUUCCCUUCCCACCUCGGCAACGCUGCACUCGUCGCUCUCCCUCAGCAUCCAUCGAGCGAGAAUUUCCGUUACCGCGUUACCCUCAACGCGCCGACUGCUAUGGUCAAGACUGCCGACGAGAUUCCCGUUACUUACCUCAACAAGGGACAGGCUUACACACUCAACGUUCACGAUACUGCUCCCCAGCACUCUGUCGUCGGCCAACUCAAGUACCGUACCUUUGUCCGCGUGUCUUUCGAAGAAGACUCGCAGAGAGCGCGACCUGGAGCCUGCUGGCAGCUCUGGAAAGAAGGCCGUGGUACCAACGAAGCUCACCAACGCGGCGGUCGUCUCCAAGCUGUCGAAUUCGUCGAUCAGAACCAUUCCAACGACCUCAACCGGCCCAAGCUGGAACUCGAGUCUUCUUCGUUCGACGGUUUCUGUGUGACCUGGAGCCCGUCUUCCAAUGCUCAGGGUAUCGAGUGCCCUAUCUCUGUUCGCUUCAACUUCUUGUCCACCGACUUCAGUCACUCCAAGGGUGUUAAAGGCAUUCCAGUCCGUUUGUGCACCAAGACCGAGCUAUUGCUCGACUCCAUGUCGCCUUCUCAACAGCCUGCUCACGAAGUGUGCUAUUGUAGAGUCAAGCUUUUCCGUGACCACGGUGCCGAACGCAAACUCUCCAACGAUGUCGCCCACGUCAAGAAAAUGAUCGACAAGCUUAACCAGCAGAUCUCACAAAUCGAAUCUGGUAUGAGGGAUUCGAGCAAGCGCAAGAGGAGUGGCUCGAUCUCCAAGGUCAACGCAAUGCCUGCACGACCAGGCAAAGCGCCCAAGCACAAGAGAACAUGGUCCAUGUCUUCUGCAGCCUCGAGUGGAAGAACCUCUGCCGAAGAAGACCUGCAAACCAAGCUUAUUGCGCUGCAAGAUAUGUUUGGCUCCACACGUCCCAUCAGUGUUCUGUUCUUGAGAGGCGAAGCGCAAGACGACCCGGAUCUUCACCCGGUUAGCUUGUCUGGAGACACCCAGGGCUUGACUAGAGUUGACACCAACGACACAAACAUGUGGGAUGGUCAAAGCAAGACCAGCUCCGCCAUGGUUUCUCCCACUNCAAGCAACCAAUCGCUUCCUUCAAACUUUCGUCGUCCUAGCGCUUUUGGACCGCCGUCUCGCGUUAAUUCGAAUGAGUGGGCGCGUAGCAACUCUCAAGUCGCGCCUAUGGAUCUCAAGUCUUCUAACCCCCAGCACCUGGCCAGCCCACCUGAUCAACCAGUCAAAAUGCAAGCUCACUCGCCAAACAGCGGUACUUUUGCUGGCUGGUUCGAAGCAAUUGGCAUUCCUCCUAUCAACCUCCUCCUGAGCGCUCGAACAAGCCUGNUGGCUUGUUUCUACCUGCAAUCACGACUCCAGGGCAAGACAUCUGAGGAUAACUACUACCGAGCGAUCUACCUUCUGCGAAGAAACCUCAACGAAUUUGUCAGUGCAGCUGCCGCAAAAUUCGGUGUUGAGCCUCAGAAGAUUGUGCGAACUGUUCGCAUGACCCAAAAAGGAAUCCAGAUCCUCAUGGAUGACGAAGCAAUUCGCGAGUUACCUGAGGGUCAAGAUAUGAAGGCUGAAUUUGCAACCGUCGACGUUCAACAGGGCCAGUGGCAAUCCGGAUCGCCCUCCUCAGGAUACGAGCUCAGACUGGUCUAC